AUGGCAUGCUAUCUAUCUAUCUAUCUAUCUAUCUAUCUAUCUAUCUAUCUAUCUAUCUGCUAUAUACCUAACCGUUUCUUGGUUACAACAUUAUAUUUUACUUCAUGUGUUCUCAACUCGUUCAUCCCUCCCAUUUUCUUCCACAUUCUUUCUCUCUCCCUAUCUAUCUAUCUAUCUAUCUAUCUAUCUAUCUAUCUAUCUAUCUAUCUCGGCCUGUUUAUUAUCUAUCUAUCUAUCUAUCUAUCUAUCUAUCUAUCUAUCUAUCUGAUUCAUUUCAUAUCUAUCUAUUUUAAGACAUUUUUAUUUUCUUCAUAUAUAUCUAUCUGUUCAUGUCUAUCUACAUAUAUACCUAUCACAAUCUAUCUAUCUAUCUAUCUAUCUAUCUAUCUAUCUAUCUAUCUAUCUAUCUAUCUAAACAACGCGAUCUAUCUUGACAUGUUUUUAUUAACCGAAGCCACAGCUUAG